CGGUGUCUUACGAGUGCAGAGUCGGAUACACCUUCAUUCCGCAGACACCUCAAUGAUUUGACUGCCUGCGCCAGAUCGGUCGGAACAAAAACCGCGGCGGCCUGCGAGGACCGGUUUGGUCUAAAUGCAGACCAGGGGUGGGCAAUGAAAAACAGGAAGCGGUCACCAUUCUGUUUUCAUCAAGAGUGCGGGGGGAACACCUGCGUUCGGUAGUGAUUGGCAACUGGAAUAACGGCAGUCCCUUUUCCUGCUCCGGUGGGAAGGAAGCGUAGCACCAAGUUGUAAUGACCAGCAAACAAUGUCUUUACUCGUUGUUUGCCCAUAAUCACGUCCGCGCAGUUAAUGGCGGCGAGACUCACGAGAACAUUAACAGAUGCCGAGGGGUCGGGGGACGGCCGGGGGGCGCGGCAAGGUGUCAAAGUCCACACGCCCCCCCGAGUCGAGGAAGACUUCUCGACGGUCGUCUCGCCGGUCCGUCCGCUCCGCUCUGCUCCGCUCCGCUCCGGGGUCCAUCCCAAGAGACGUAGCGGAACCGCUUCCACGACGGCGACAUGGGCUUCAGUGAGCUUCUCGACCAGAUGGGUGGUUUCGGGCGGUACCAGUGGCUCCACGUGACCCUCAUCAGUUUCCCGGGCCUCCUGAUGGCGAGUCAGAACCUCCUCAACAACUUUGUCUCCGGAACCCCCGGCCACCGCUGCAGCAUCUCGGCCAACGACAGCUUUUGGAAUCUCACGCGGCAGGCGGACGGCCGGGACGCGCUCGAGGCUUUCAUUCCGCCCGACCCUUCGGGAACGAGACUGGACCGCUGCCGGAGGUACGUGACGCCUCAGUGGCAGAUGCUAAACGCUAACGGCUCCGCCAACGGCAGCCACCCCCCGCGCACCGAAAGCUGCGCGGACGGAUGGACUUACGACCGCUCCGAGUUCAUCGCCACCACUGUUUCCGAGUGGGACCUGGUGUGUUCCCUGCGUCCACUCAAGCAGAUGAUCCAGACGGUGUACAUGGGCGGCGUUUUAGCCGGCGCCGUCAUCUACGGCGGCCUGUCUGACAGGUUCGGUCGGCGCUCCGUCCUUAUUUGGUCCUACCUGCAGCUGGGCGUCCUGGGCACCUGCUGCGCCUUCUCGCAAUCUUACUGGGUCUACUGCGCCUUCCGCUUCCUGAGCGGCAUGGCAGUGUCGGGCAUCAUACUCAACUCCGUGUCCCUGAAGGUGGAGUGGAUCCCCACCAAAAGCAGGACUCUUGUGGGAACGCUCACCUCCUUCUACUUCACCUUCGGUCAGAUGGUCUUGGCGGGCUUGGCUUACUGGCUUCGGGACUGGAGAAAGCUGCACGUGGCCGUGUGCGCUCCCCACGUCCUCUUCUUUGCCUACAGUUGGUGGUUCGCCGAGUCGGCGCGCUGGCUGGUCCUCAGGCAGAGAUCCGGGGAGGCCCUUAAGACCCUCCGCAGAGUGGCUCGCAUCAACGGAAAAGCCGACAUUUCCGAAGGGCUGACGCCGGAGGUGCUUCGCUCCCACAUGACCAAGGAGUUGGAGACGGACCGCGAGACGCUGACCGCCUACGACCUGCUGAGGACGCCCGGCAUGAGACGCAUCUCUGUCGGGCUCAUCGCCGUCUGGUUCUCCACCAGCUUCGCCUACUACGGCUUAGCGAUGGACCUGCAGAAGUUCGGGGUGAGCAUUUACGUGAUGCAGCUCAUCUUUGGAGCCGUGGAUAUUCCCGCCAAACUCGUGGCUCUGGGCAUGCUGAGUUUUCUCGGGAGAAGGGUGUCUCAGGCCGCCUGCCUCUUCAUGUCCGCUCUGGUCAUCUUCGCCAACAUCUUCGUCCCGACGGACAAGCAAGUCGUCAGGACCACUUUGGCGUGUCUGGGUAAGGCCUUCACAUCGGCGUCCUUCACCACCGUCUACUUGUACACCGGGGAACUCUACCCGACCGUCAUCAGGCAAACGGGAAUGGGUCUGGUGUCCACCAUGGCCAGAGUGGGCAGCAUGGCGGCGCCCGCCGUCCUCAUCUUGGAUGAGGUCUUCCCCGCUCUGCCCAGCGUGGUGUACGGGGGGGCGGCCGUCCUGGCUUCGGGCUUCGCCUGCUUCCUGCCCGAGACGCUCAACGUUCCUUUGCCGGACACCGUGCGGGACGUGGAAGACAGAUGGUCCGGCAGGAAGCCCCCGGAGAAGAAGGAGGCCACGUCGGAAGACGAGCGAGCGGCGCUGUCUUUAAAACAAGUCAAGGACGCGGACGCCGGCAGCGGUCUCAACGCCCUCUGACGCUUGGCUCGCCGAUGACAUCGUGAGACGCUCAUCGCGUGGCCUAACCCGCCGGGGAUUUUCAAUUUUAACAUGAAAUGACUGAAUAAAUGAUCUUGCCAAUGUGUACUAAUCUCAAUACAAAUAGAAAAAGUGACAAUAGUCAUCUUUUUUUUUUUUGUAAUGUAAAACUCAUCUUGCUUGAAACAAUUGAACACAUGAUUAAAGGGUUGAUAGUCCGAAGCCAACCUCUUUCAUGCACGAGUUUGGAUUUUUUUUUUUUUAGGGCAAUGAUUCGCUGCCAUUGACAGCAUUAGGCGUCCAAUCCAUUUAGAUUUAUUUAUAAUUUAACUCAUCAUAUUUGAGAAAAUACAACAAUGAUUCAUAAUUAAAAAUAUUUUGAAUAAAAACUGCAAAUAGACUUGAUUUUUUUACUUCAUCAUCUCAAUGUCAAAUGAGGCUUCGGGUUCAUUCCAUUCCAACCACAUUCCAUCAAUGACAUAGUGUUCACCAGUUAGGCCUAUUUUAGGGGGACUAAAGCCCCCUAUUCAAUGCAUUGUGGAGGUGCUAGUUUAGUGCUAGAGUUUAGUGUGUACUGUACGGAACACACGUAGCAUUUUAUAUAUGGCGGAAAACACAGACGAGUCUGAAAAAGCACUUUCUGCUCUUACAACCCCUCUUUAAAAGAAACGGCUGUAUUUUAAGCCAAAGCAACUCUUGUGUUUGAUAGAACAAUAUGUCAAUUAGGGCUGGGCGAUAUGGCCUUCAGUACGUAUCACGAUAAAUUGAGCAGA